CACACAGGAAACAAAGUGCAGGAAGAGGAGUAAGUUUCAUUUGCAAAGGUUGAGUGGUGCAAUAUUUUCCUCACUGCAUGCUAGUGAACAAAGUGAAGGAGAAGAGAAGAUGUCCAGGCAAGGACCCCUCUGCCUGUUCACCUGCUUGGCAGCCAUGGCUGUCUCUUCAAUGGCUUUCAACAUAGAUGAAGCAAACCCCAAAAUCUACAAGGGGGAGGAAAAGGAUUUCUUUGGUUACAAGGUCCUGCAGUUCAUUUCUGGCAAGGAGAAAGGGGUAAUGGUCAGUGCGCCAUAUCAGAAGAAUGGAUCUGGUGGAAUCUGUAGAUGUGCUCAAGACCGAACAAACUGUACAGACUGUUACACUCCUCAAGAAACUGACACAAUCAAGUACAUUGGACUGUCUAUGGUUGCACAACCUACUUCUCCUCCAACGUUCACUGCCUGCAGCCCUGGCCUGGCACACGAGUGUGAUGGGAACUCCUAUCUGAACAGUAUCUGUUAUCAGUUCAACAGCCAGCUCCAGAUCACCUCGAACUUCACACCUGCCUUCCAAGAAUGUACUAAGAAAAUAGUGGACCUCGUUUUCCUCUUUGACGGAUCAGCAAGCAUGACAACGGAAGAAUUUGAUGAGAACAAAGGUUUCAUAGACAAUAUCAUGACAACCCUAAAAAACUCCUCAAUUAAGUUCGCAGCGGUUCAGUUCUCAACAAACACCAGGACAGUUUUCAACUUCAGAGACUACCAAGAGGGGAGAGCCUUGACCAAACUUUGGAAAGAAGAGCACAUGGCUGAUCUAACCAACACACAUAAGGCAAUAGACUUUGUCUUGAAAAACAUUUUUGAAAACCAAGCUGCCGGCGCCACCGCAGAUGCAACUAAAGUACUGGUCAUAAUAACAGAUGGAAAUCCCAGCGAUACUGAUAAAAGGUUCAACUCUAUCGAAAGAAGUGAUAAGAAAAACAUCAUCCGCUUUGUCAUCGGGGUCAAGAACGUUGAUUUGACGAAACUCAAGUCCCUGGCAUCAGAGCCAAAAGAGAACAACACUUUCCUCAUCCAGGACUACAACGAACUAAAAGGAAUCCUAGACAACUUUCAAAAAAAGAUCUUCAACAUUGAAGGUUCCAAGACUGCUCUGGCUGGAAACUUGACUAAAGAAAUGUCUCAGAGUGGGUUCAGCGCUGUCUACGUUAACAAGGACACCUUGGUUCUGGGCUCAGUGGGAUCAAACAACUGGCGUGGAUCUCUCUUUGAGACUGAGGGUCUGAGAUCAGAGGAAAGGGAAAUUCAGGACCCCACAUUGGACAAAGAUUCCUAUAUGGGAUACUCUGUAGCUGUUGGGAAGAGGAAUGAGAACCUUCUAUAUUUUACCGGAGCACCAAGAUCUGAACACAUGGGACGGAUCCUACUUUUUAACAAGGUUAACAACAACUGGACUGUAGCACAAAGCUUACCUGGAGAACAGAUGGGCUCCUACUUCGGUGCAGAGCUGUGUUCUGUGGACAUAGACUCAGACGGCAACACAGACUUCCUCCUGGUCGGUGCACCAAUGUUUCGCCAACCCCCGAGAGAGGGCAGGAUCUACGUCUACACACUGACUGAUAAGCUGGAACUGAGGAUGGAGAUGAAUGUUUCAGUGCCAUCUCAGGGUAGAUUCGGCUCCUCCAUCUGCUCUCUCACAGACCUGAAUGGAGAUGGGCUGAAGGAUGUAGCUGUGGGCGCUCCACUUGAGGACGAUCACAGGGGGGCCGUGUACAUCUACCUGGGUGAAAAGCUAAAGGGGAUCCGCCCUGAAUUCAGCCAGCGCAUCUCAGCUGUGAUGAUGAGAUCUAAGAUCCAGUUCUUUGGCCAGACGAUUGAUGGGAAGAUGGACCUGGGUGAGGAUGGACUGACUGAUAUCGUAGUAGGAGCGCGUGGUGCAGUUGUUGUCUUGAGGUCCAGACCGGUCCUCAGCGUCUCUGCUCAUCUCCACUUCCAUCCCGCGGAGAUCAGCACUGAUAGAUUUGACUGUCUGGCAAAAGAGAUCAUUUCCCCCAUGGUCACUUUAACAGCCUGCUUUAACAUGGCAGAGGCAACAAAGAGUAAAGCUGAGGUGCUGAGUGCAGGGAUGAACGUCUCCUACCUGCUGGAUGUGGAUCCAGUGAGACAGAGGAGCCGAGCCUUUUACAGUGACACGAACAAAGGGGCCAGAAGACUUCUCUCUACUGUGGAGCUGAGAAAGGAGCGGACUUGCUUCAACCACUCAGUCUACAUGACACAAUGUGUGAUCGACACAUUAUCGCCCAUAAUCAUCCAACUAGUUUUUUCUCAAUCUGAAAGCCAACAAGAGGGUCUUACUGCCAUUCUGAAUACUGACAGUCCUACACAGGCUGUGGUCGAGGUGCCCUUUGAAAAGAACUGCAAAGAAAAUGAAACAUGUUUGGCAGAGCUUGAGGUGGACUUCAACUUCAUCACAUCAACUUUAUUAGUGGUGGACCAGAGUUACUUCAACGUGACUAUAAGACUGUCCAAUCACGGGGAUGACUCAUUCAACACCAGUCUAACUCUCCUCUACCCUCCUGGCCUCUCAUUCUCCAUGAUGCAUCUUCUGAAGUCUACAAGGAGAACGGUGUUCAGCUGUGGUGGUCUGGAAGGUGAAAUGGACAGAACUACAUGCAGUGUCAGCCUCCCUGUCUACCGUAGUAAAACCACGGCAGUGUUCACCAGUAAAUUCCAUAUUUUGAAUACAUACGACUGGAAGGACACAAUGGAGAUGACCGUCAUCGGCCUGAGUGACAACGGAAACUCAACCAAUAGUUCCCUUACCAGGACCAUCCCUGUUCAAUUUGCAGUUGACCUGGUAGCAAAAGCCCUUCCCCAAGACUCCACCACUUACAUGAACUUUACUCUGGAGGACACAUCACCUAAAAGACUGGUGAAUGUAUAUGAGGUGGAGAACUUGGGAUUUAAGUCUGUACCAAUCACAGUCACCUUCACUUUCCCAACUAAGCUUGAGCACAAAUUUGAAAUGAAGGACUACCAAAUAUCUGUCUUACAGAACCAUACUCAAUGUGGAAAGAUGAUCAAUUCAACAACAGAGUACUGCUCUCCAGACAAAUACUGCAAGUCCAUCGAGUGUGAAAGUUUCCUUUUGGAGAAGUUUUUGACAGUUACAUUUGUGCUGUCUGGAACUGUUUCCUUCAAGGACCUCGAUCAACAUGCAAGGAGAUUGUCAUUGCCAAAGAAAUUCACUGGGGAGAGAGAAACAGUCAAUUUCAUCAGUUUUGUCAAACUCAGCUAUGACAAAAGACGAUAUGUCCAGACAGCAAGUGACCCAAGGGAUAACUCUUCAAGCUUCCACCAAACACAGAUUGAUGUUCAGGCUGAGCUCAUCAUUCCUCCCCAUAGAAACCUGAUAAUAGGGACAGGAGUUGGAGUAGGACUCUUCCUCCUGAUCAUCAUCACAAUGGCCAUGUAUAUGCUGGGAUGUUUCAAGAGAAAAAGGCCUGUUGAUAAUGCACAGGAAGAUGAGAAAGAAGGGGAACAGCGUGAACAAGAGCUACAGCCUGAGAGUGGAGCAGUGGAGUCAAAUCUUCUCCUUGAUGAAAGUCAAACAGAAAACAAUGGCUUCCCCAUUAGUGAGGUGGUAGGGGAGGGACUAAAAGAGAAACAGGAUGUGUCAGUCAGGAGCAGGCUAAUGGAGUAGAGAAACUCUUUUCAUGCCACUUUCCAUAUGGAAGGGACUUUUUAAUAGCAGGUUAGGAGAACUUACGCAGCAGGUUAAGAUAAUUAAUGCAGCAGGUUAGAGAAAGGAGUGGAGGUCAGAGCAAAAAAAACUUAGAUAUAGAAUAAUUGUUUGAUUAAUUAAUAUAGAUUCUGACCUGACCACAGAACCACGCAUAUCACUCAAUGUGAUUAAGUCUGAAAUACUUUUUCAAAAAUAAUGUUUCAUGGACAUUUAUGUUUGAUAAAACAUGACCAAAGUAAUUCAGUAUUAUACAUACUAUAUAUACUGUUUCAAUGUUUAUGUCAAGGUAGAAAAUAUGACUUUAUAUGAUUGCUGUAAUGUCAUUCAUUUAAAUUACUAUGGUCUUGCUAAAGAAAUGUACAUUAUACUGUAAGAUGUACACUAUAUAAAUAUAUACAAAAGUAUGUGCACACCCUUUCAAAUGAGUGGAUUCGGCUCCUUCAGCCACACCUGACGCUGACAGGUGUAUGAAGUUGAGCACACAGCCAUGCAAUCUCCAUAGACAAACAUUGGCAGUAGAAUGGCCUUACUGAAGAGCUCAGUAAUGCAUAGCCAUAACAUGAUGCAGCCACCACCAUUUCUUGAAAAUACGGCGAGUGGUAGUCAGUGAUGUGUUGUGUUAGAUUUUUAGCAGUAUUUAUUUUGGAGAAUGCACGUUUUGUAAUAUUUUUAUUCUGUACAGGCUCCCUUCUUUUCACUCUGUCAUUCAGAUUAGUAUUUCGGAGUAACUACAAUAUUGUUGUUCCAUCCUCAAUUCUCUCAUAUCACAACCAUUAAUAAUUAAAUUCUGUAACUGUUUUAAAAUCACCAUUGCCCUCAUGAUGAAAUCCCUGAGCAGUUUCCUUCCUCUCCGGCAACUGGAUGGACGCCUGUAUCUUUGUAGUGACUGGGUGUAUUGAUACACCAUCCAAAGCCUAAUUAAUAACUUCACCAUACGCAAAGGGAAAUUCAGUGUCUGCUUGAAUCAUUUUUACACAUCUACCAAUCUGUGCCAUUAUUUGCGAGGCAUUGAAAAAUCUCCCUGGUCUUUGUGGUUGAACCUGUGCUUGAAAUUCACUAAUUGAUAAAGUGGUCUUACAGAUAA